UGUUACCAGUUCCGACUCUAAUGCAAUUAGUAAAGAAAACGAAAUAUAUCAACAUUUUGAAGGAUUUCCUGCUAAUGACAAAGAAAGACGUAAAACGUUGGAAGAUUCACUUAUAGAAUUAUUUGAAAAUUUAAAGAAAUUCAUUUUCGCUUCGAAAGUUCAGAAUGCAAAAAAACAGAUCAUAAGCAAAAAAAAAAUCGAAGUAAUCAAAAAUGUGCUGGAUAAAUUUUUGGGAGAAGUUGAUGUUGAUAUGAGUUUUGAAGUUGUUGCUGAUAUGAGUUUAGAUGAAGAAACUGAACACUUUUUUAGACAUAAGGUGACAAGAGCCGCUAUGGAGGCUUUUUUGAAACUUGUGCUGCCUCCUAUGAAUUUUUAUUGGAUUUAUCGAGAUUAUAAAGAAGUUGAAAGCCGUACUUCCUUGAAAGAUAUGGAAAAAACGAUUGAAAAUUUGGAAAAAGUUUUGAAAGUUUUAAAAGAAAAAGAGAAACUACUAAUUAAAGAGCAUGAAAAAAUAAUUGGUGUAGAGAGGAAAUGGUAA